GCGCCCCAGGGUGGCUGUGGCUACAACGUAGCUUGCCAUUACCAGUGUGUGAAUGUGUGAAUGACUGGAUAUCUAAAGCUCUUUGGGGUCCUUAGGGGCUAAUAAAGCGCUAUAUAAAUACAUUUACCAUUUUGUGCAACUUUGUUCUACAUACAGGAAAACAUCAAAUAUGUAUUUCACAGGUUAUUCCACACACACAGAUGGGUAUUGUGAGUGAGUUGGACUGACACUUCCAGGCACCAUGAGACAUUAGGCAGAUAGUGAGACUCCUUCUCCUUAUCUCCAGGGAGGAGGUGUUGAGGUGAAAUUAUUCGAAGUGCCUCAAUUCUAUGCUUUAUAUUAACUAAAAUGCCAUAUAACCGUAUAGUGUAGUAUUAAGUGGACAUGGCCCUGAAAAAUGAAGGCAUUAGACUACGUAGACUCUCGCCCACGCUUGCCUGUGAAAAAGUAGAUAACAGGGGACCAUCUUCUAGUGGAGAUGCAUUAUAACUCACCUGUGCAUUAUAAUAAAAGGUGUUGAUUGCAGCUGACAGUGUCUGCAGACUUUGAUAACUGUGUGACACCCUCGUGGUUAAUCAGAGGGAAAUCUGAGUCAGUGUGCAUUUGGUUGUACAGCUCUCACACAUACAACCUGAACUGCACAUUGUAAGUUUGAUGUUCUUCAAAUUUGAACAAAGUUAAAACUAAAAACCUUUGAAGUCACACAAGCCAAUAUUUUAUUCACAAGUUGAACUUUUACUACUUUUAUCCCCAAAAUGAGCUCACUUCAAAUAUUUACCACAGCAUAGCGUCCCCAGGCACCUGAGACGUUUGGCAGAUGGUGAAACUGUUUAUCUGUGGAAAAGACUUUUCCUGCUAUGAAGCAGCCCAGAAGACGCAAGCGCGCCAACAGGGAGGACAGAAGCUUGAGCUGUGAUCAGUGUGGGAAGACCUUUACUCAGAUUGGUAGCUUGAAAUCACAUCAGCUGAUCCACACCGGUGUGAAACCAUUCAGCUGUGAUCAGUGUGGAAAGACCUUUACUCAGAGAUGCAGCUUAAAAACACAUCAGGUCGUCCACACGAAAUUUAAAGCUUUCAACUGUGAUCAGUGUGGAAAGUCUUUUACUCAGAAAGGUCACUUAAAGAGACAUUAUAUGAUCCAUGUUGGAGGUAAAUCAUUUGUCUGUGAUCAGUGUGGAAAGUCUUUUCAGGAUAGAUAUCACUUAGAGAAACAUCAGGGCGUCCACAGUGAAGUUAAACCUUUUACCUGUGAUCAGUGUGGAAAUUCUUUUAUCGGGAUUGAUAGGUUAAAAAGACAUCAGCUCAUCCACAGUGGAGAGAAACCAUUCAGCUGUGAUCAGUGUGGAAAGGCUUUUCGUUCUAAGUGCAACUUAAAAUCACAUCAGCUCAUCCACAGUGGAGAGAAAUCUUUCAGCUGCGAUCAGUGUGGAAAGUCUUUUGCUUACAUUAGUCACUUAAAAAGACAUCAGCUCAUCCACAGUGGUGCUAAACAAUUUGUAUGUGGUGACUGUGGAAAGGCUUUUACUCAAAAGACUGGCUUAAACUCACAUCAGCUCAUCCACUCUGGUGUUAAAUCAUUUGUAUGUGGUGACUGUGGAAAGGCUUUUAUUGAGAUUGAAAGCUUAAAAUCACAUCAGCUCACCCACUCUGGAGUUAAAACAUUUGUGUGUGGUCAGUGUGGAAAGUCUUUCUUCCAUAACAAACGUCUAUUGAGGCAUCAAAAGACCCACAAAGUGUCCUCCUGUGAGAAAAGGGGCAGACCAAUGGGACAUUACCCUGACAGGGUUCAUUUGAACACAGUGGGAGAAACAGGGGAUCUGAACAAAAGUUCUUCUGGAUGCUGCGUCAAACUUAGAAAGCUUGAGAUCAGGCUUCACAGAAUUCAGCUUUAAUUUCCUGAGAAAGUCAGAGCUUCACUAUGUCUUUGUAGAUCUAGUGAAACCAUGAAAGGGUGCAAAAAGAGGCACUGUGGUACUGCAUGAUGAAGUCAGAAGUGACAGAGAAGUAUGUGAGCGUGGUUCAGGACAUGUAUGUGUGGUAGCAGUGACUACCACACAUACUUGGGUUGAAGGUGGGGGGAGGAUUACAUCAAUUCUGAGCCCCUUCUUUCUUUUUCAAAGCGAGGGCAAUACUCAGGAAAGGAUGAUGACAAUAGAGCUGCAAGACAGGAUGGAAAGAAAAGAGUUUAAGAGAAGAUCAUGAAUAUUGUGAAGCAAUUGAGCCGCGAUCACAAAAUCUUAGCUUAUGGAGUUAGUUAUCCCAAUACAAGUUUAGCAAGUUAAACUUCACUGGCUGUGUCCACAAACAGCAUACAGAGCAAACAUUACUCCAUCAUCUGAUCACAAGAAAAGCAAAAUGUCAGAAGAGUUCACCUUCUGGGUCAAACUGUCAGACCUGUUACUGUUUAUUUGGUUGUUCAUCGUGAGGUAAUUAUCAGUGUCAGUGCUGUGCCACUUCUAUUGUAACUCACAUGAAAUGUGUUUUAAAUUGGCUCUAUUGUCUUACAAUAUUGUGUGAGUCUGUUUUGCUCAACAAAGACACAACCCCUCCUGCAAUUUUUAAUGUUACAGCAAAAAAGGUAAAUUGAUAAAUUUGUGUUAUUUUUAAACAGGCAGUAUUUAGAAAAUUAAAUAUAUUCUUACCCAUGUGUAAAGUUUUCAGUGGUCUUUGUUUUCUUCCAGGAUGUGAGUGUGUUUUGCUCCAUGAAGAGACAAACCUACAUUUUUCUACAUUGCAGUAAAAAUACUUUUAUUUUAAGUCAUAAAUUUCAGUCAUUUUCAUCCAGGCAGUAUGUUAAAGAUUAACUGAAUCCUAUGAAAAAUAAAAUGUAUAAAGAUGUGA